AUGCCUCUCUGUGAGUACUGCAGCGCUAUUGAAUUUGAGAUGCUUCGCUGUCCAACUAUUGAGGAAUUAAUGUCUCUCAAUAUCAAAUCGGGGAUUCCAGAUACAUAUCCCUUCAAGUCGUCUUCUCAUAGAAGAGACAGGCCCAAGUUUAGUCUUGGCUUUCAAUACCGCAAAGACAAUCGUAUGCGCGACCUGGACUCCUUCGAAUGUGUUGCUUCCAUCGUAGCAUGUGCUCGUGUAGUUCCCGUCAAGGCGAUAGCGUGGGGACCUGAGUGCGAAUUCAUGCAUUUGUAUAGAAUUGACUUGAUUUGGUAUCCGAUAGGAGAAGGAGAGAAAAUUGAUAAACCAGGUCUUCGUACAGAUACCGAAACAUUCCCGUGA